GUGGUUGUCUGUGCAUGAGCGUGUGAGGCGUUCUUCAGGAAAGACAGAAAAAAAGUUUGGACGUACUUGCUACCAAGUUUUUUAGGAAUGAACGCAGAUACGUGCGUUUCAUACUGCGAUAUGACAUCCAUGGAUUCAUAUUAUAGCCCGUCCACGGCGCAAGGUAGGGAUCAGCAGGCCAAUCCUUUCAGGACAUUCCAGCCAAGUGACAACAAAUACAGCCCCGCUUUCCUCCCCAGCAAAGGUCAAGCUUACGGGGAGAAGUCGCGGAGUCCUUUCCAACAGGAGUGCCAGUCAUUGGAUGCGCCGGGUGGGGAAGGCACCUUUAACAAAUACCACCUCUUCAUGCAGAGACCUACUUGCAAAACACCCCCGGAAGGCAACAAACUCCACCAGGACAGCGGGCACAACGGCGCACUCAUCUCCUGCUAUGGUAAAGACGGCACUGGAUUGACAGACUCAGAAUUGCCCCCGAGCUCUGACCCCACGGGGAUGGAUGGCAGUUACCUCAACGUGAAGGACCCGGGUGUGAAAGGCCCUUCGGAGCGGCCCGGCUCUGAGCUGACCAGCCCCAUGGAGAAAAGCGAGGCCGAGAGCAACAAGGGCAAGAAGAGGCGCAACCGCACCACCUUCACCAGCUACCAGCUGGAGGAGCUGGAGAAAGUCUUCCAGAAGACGCACUACCCCGACGUCUACGCCCGCGAGCAGCUCGCCCUGAGGACUGACCUCACAGAGGCCCGGGUUCAGGUCUGGUUCCAGAACCGCCGGGCAAAAUGGAGAAAGCGAGAGCGCUUUGGCCAGAUGCAGCAGGUCCGCACUCACUUCUCCUCUGCCUACGAGCUGCCUCUACUCACCCGACCAGAGAACUAUGCACAGAUCCAGAAUCCGUCAUGGAUAGGAGGCAGCAGUGGUGCGUCUCCAGUGCCCGGCUGCGUGGUGCCCUGUGACAGCGUGGCGCCCUGCAUGACCCCCCACCCGCACCCUGGCAGCGGCGUGAGCGACUUCCUGGGCGUGCCCAACCCAGGGGGCCACAUGGGACAGACGCACAUGGGCAGCCUGUUCGGGGGCCCUGGCAUGGGCGGAGCCAUCAAUGGUUACGACCUCAACGUGGACCCCGAUCGCAAGUCGUCCAGCAUCGCCACGCUGCGAAUGAAGGCCAAGGAGCACAGCGCGGCCAUCUCCUGGGCCACAUGAUGCCCUGGACUGGGACAAACACACACAGACACCCCCUCACCCUACCCCCCAGCCCUCCGACUGUCAACAGAGCUUCCUCUCUAUGCCCAGCUCCAUGGAUUUUCAGUUGAAAUAUAAUCGCAAGCCAGACUAUAGAGAGAGAGAGCGGCAGUAAUUACAGGAGGAUUACGUUAAGAAUGUUUAUAGAAAGAGAGAGGGAGAUGAAAAGAGAGUGGUCAACAUUUUUUUUCUUCAGUUGACUUUUUACUAGGAAGGGGAGAGAGUGGUC